AUGUCUCAAGUAGGUUUGAGUUAUAAAGUAGAGACGGCAGAUGCUUUAACUUCUUUCCUUGAAAUAGUAAUCCAUACCAUCCUAUGUAUUCGUUCCAUUUACCCCCCACAUACAUUCACACGUCGUAAAGCCCAUUCCGUUCCAGUAUAUCAAAGUCGUCAUCCUCAAGUCAGACAAUACAUCGCGGAAGUAUGUUCUCUCAUCGGGAAAGAAUUAGAAAGAGGAAAUGCUAGGAGGGUAACUUUGGUUGUGAAAGAUUUGAAGGGAAUACCGUUGGAAAGGUUCAUAAUUGAUUUUGGGUAUUUAGGAAUGGGGUUGAUAGAUGGGAAGAAAGAUGUUCCAUUGACAGGAGCUCCAACAUCGGACGAAUUAUCAUUACUUUUAAGAGCUUUUGUAAUCCGGUUGAAUGCUCUCGAUUCUCAACUUUUGGAUAACACCGUCGAGACUACUUUCGCCAUCGUCGUCGAGACCUCCGACGACCUAGAACCUUCUUCCAAUCAAGGGACAGACGAGACUCCUCCAUGGAUCCCAGCUACCAAAACAGACGUUCUUCAUCCUUCCAACGAGACUCAUGAACCUUUACUCCAUGUGAAAGCUGUGGAAACCGGUGUGAUCGAUGUGAGAUUGAUGGUUCAAGAAUGUGUGGGUAAAACAGGUGUUGAGAAGUUAGAUAUAGGAGUAUGA